CUACACAUCUCUUCGAAAUCUCCCGCAACAGUCACCACCCAAUCAAAUUUCAAAACAAAAACCCACAAAAUCCCAGAUAUUUCUAUUCCCCACCCAAGAAGCACAGACCUUAAGGCUCAAUAAUCCAUCCAUCAAUGGCUUCUCUACUUCACUCUACCCUCUCUCUUCCACACCAUCAUUCCAAACCCUCUUCUCCAUUUCUAGCUUCAUCUCCCACCAUCCCUUGCCAUCUUCCAAGAUUUCCCCCUGAUGUCUUUCACCGGAAAAGCUACCCACUUAAGAGAAGCUUCACAUGCAGUUCUGGUAUUGAUGAAGUCACAUUCAUCGACCCAAAUAAAGAAUCGAAGGCUGAGCUUAUUGGGUCUCUUAAGCUCAAGUUAUUGAGUGCUGUUUCGGGGCUAAACAGAGGUCUUGCUGCAAGUGAUGAUGAUUUAAAGAAGGCAGAUGAUGCUUCCAAGGAGCUUGAAGCUGCUGCAGGACCCGUAGAUCUUGAAGGCAAUCUUGAUCUACUGCAAGGCAGGUGGAAAUUGAUUUACAGCAGCGCUUUCUCAUCUCGAACCCUAGGUGGAAGCCGCCCUGGGCCCCCAGUAGGAAGAUUACUACCAAUAACUCUCGGUCAGGUAUUUCAAAGGAUUGAUGUGUUUAGUCGGGAUUUUGAUAAUAUAGUUGAGCUUGAGCUUGGCGCCCCCUGGCCAUUGCCGCCUCUUGACUUGACUGCAACUUUGGCUCACAAAUUUGAACUUAUAGGAACAUCCAAGAUCAAGAUCAUCUUUGAAAAGACUACGGUGAAGACAACGGGAAACUUAUCACAACUACCACCACUGGAGGUGCCCCGAUUGCCAGAUGCGAUCAGGCCGCCAUCCAAUCCAGGUAGCGGUGAGUUUGAAGUCGUAUAUACUGAUUCUGAUAUGCGCAUUACAAGGGGCGAUAGGGGGGAGCUUCGGGUUUUUGUCAUCGCCUAGAUUCUUGGAGGUCACUUGUAGUGAACUUCCCAAUUUCCAUGCACAAUUCUAAUGUGAAGCCUCAAUUGUAUAGAGAUAUCACUUAGCUGAUUAGCAUACUUCAAUGUUCAAACAUGUCAGCUCAAAUGGUAUGAUUUGAUUUACCUUUGUUCAGGAAAUAAACAGAAAUGUGUAUGAUGAGUAUCAGUUAAACCAUGAAGGUGUUUGAAAUUUAAAUUACUAUCACUGAAUAGUGA